GUUUAAAGGUGUGAUUGGUCAAAGUGCUUAGUAAGGGUUGAUCGGGUCACACCUAUUGGGUAUAAUUCAGCCUGGCCCUGUAUUCAGGACUAAUUUUUUUUUCUUUUAUAUUUUUGGGGAGAUUUAAAAAGCUCCAUCUUUUAUAUGGCUCCUCUUUUGCUUCGCUCUUUUUCUCGACUUCCUAUUUCUCGUCGUCUUUUCAGCACUACAUCUCUUCUAAUGGCUCCUCAACAUCAUAAAGUCGCUGUUAUUGGCUCUGGUCCCGCAGGUCACACUGCUGCCAUUUACCUCGCUCGUGCCAACUUGAACCCUAUCCUCUUUGAGGGUAUGAUGGCCAACGGCUUCGCUCCCGGCGGUCAGCUUACCACUACCACCGAUGUCGAGAACUUCCCUGGUUUCCCCAAGGGUAUUAUGGGUGGUGAAUUGAUGGACAACAUGCGUGCACAAUCCGAACACUUUGGUACUGUCAUUGAAACUGAAACCAUCACCAAGUUGGACUGCUCUUCUCGUCCCUUCAAGUUGUGGCGUGAGGGUUCCGAAGACAACGCCGAGCCCACCGAUACCAGUGACGCUGUCAUUAUUGCCACCGGUGCCUCCGCCAAGCGCAUGCACUUGCCCGGUGAAGAUAAGUACUGGCAGAGCGGUAUCUCUGCUUGCGCCGUUUGCGAUGGUGCUGUUCCCAUCUUCCGCAACAAGCCCUUGGUCGUCAUUGGCGGUGGUGACUCCGCCGCUGAAGAAGCCAUCUAUCUCACCAAGUAUGGUUCCGAAGUUCACGUCCUUGUGCGCCGUGACAUUUUGCGUGCUUCCAAGGUGAUGGCUCAGCGUUUGUUGAAGCAUCCCAAGGUCAAGGUUCACUUCAACACUGUCCCCACUGAGGCUUUGGGUGAUGGUAACUUGUUGACUCACGUCGCUACCAAGGACACCAAGACUGGUGAAACUGGCAAGAUCGAAGCCAACGGUCUUUUCUAUGCUAUUGGUCACGAACCCGCCACCAGCCUUGUCAAGGGCGUCGUUGAUCUUGAUGAACAGGGUUACAUCAAGACCAUUCCUGGCUCUGCCGAAACUGGUAUUCCCGGUCUCUAUGCUGCUGGUGACGUUCAGGAUAAGCGAUACCGCCAGGCUAUUACCAGCGCUGGUUCCGGUUGUAUGGCCGCUCUUGAUGCCGAACGUUACUUGAGUGAACUCGAUGAUCAAGUUGAAGAAGGUGACCGCACCGACGCCGAUCAACCCAACAAGCAAUGAAUACGCUCGGGCGAGAUUUUAUUUACGAAAAAGCCUAGUCUCUAGGUUCUCUUCUUUUCCCCCUCCUCCCGCGUAAACAAAUCGCUUACUAUAAGUUCUCAAAGGUUCACCCUUUUGGUUCUCUUUAGAUUCCUUUUAAAAGUUGUAUUAUAGAUGUUUCUUAACCCUCUUUUUAUAUCUUAACCUUUUUUUUCGCACUCUAAAAAGUUAUUUCUGACACUUGAUUCACGACAUGUUUUAUUUUAUGGCAUCGUUAUUUUCUUUUUUUUUUUUGCUGUGAUUUCUAAAUUAAACCUUCCCAAUCUUUUCAUGUGCACGCUACUUAAAAGGUGCCA